CAGAAACGACCGAGACUUAGUCUAACUAUGCAAUUAGGGAAAAUGGCCUUCAGAAGUAUCAGGGUGAUUUAUGAGCAGUAGAUAGAAAAGAAUUGCCGACGCGUUUAUAAUUAAAAGAAUAAAACCCGAGUCUUUCUUUUUGGGGAUUGACGUAUUCGGCCGGCCUCUGAUUGACUAGCGUGAUAAAAUGGUUCAUCAUCUAUAGUAGUUAAGUAGAUAGGCAGGCAGGCAAUUGAUAAUCUCAAAGUUGACUGGGGAGAGAAUUUCAUAACAUGACUUCUGCAAUAGAGGAAAAAGAGCUACAGGAGAGACUGAGAGAAGCUGCUGCUUUGGGGGAUAUUGAGGAAGUUCGGCGAUUGGUGGAUUUUGGAGUGAGUGUCAACUCUCAGAAUGAAAUCAACGGUUGGACUUGCUUGCACUGGGCCUGUAAACGAAACCAUGCCCAGGUCGUGGCAUACCUUCUAGAGGCUGGCGCAGAUAAAGACAUUCUCACAGUUAAAGAAGAAAAAGCACUCCAGUUGACAUCCAAGAAGGAAAUUAGGAAGAUGCUGGGAGUGGAAGAUGAUGAUGAGCUUUUGGAUGUGAAGAAAGACUUGCCAAUUAUCCCAAAUUAUUUAUCUAAUCCGCCUUUUCCUUACGUGUAUAACUCCAUGAGUAACAGCACUACCAGCACCUCAGAUUCCUCUUUGAAUGGAAGACUUUCUCCUCCGUUACAAAAACACAACAUGGACAUUCCGAUAUCUUUGCCCCCAGUACAAACAUCUGACACAGCAGUAUUGCAACAUGGAAAGGCCUCUGUAGGAUGUGAUGGAGAGGUGACAAAGGCAAUCGCUAUAGAAUGCCUGGAACCUGUUGUUCAGAAUGGCCAUGCUCAUCAGCUCUCUGUUCCUCCGAGUAGGACACACUGUUCCCCAGCCGGAUCUAUACAACCAGAAACCCAGCAACCCAGUGGCCCUUACACAGGAGCUGUCCCAACAUUUCAGCCUUUCUUCUUUACUGGAGCAAUUCCCUUCAGUAAUAUACAAGAACUGGUACUUAAGGUCAGAAUUCAAAAUCGUACCCUGAAGGAGAAUGACUUCAUUGAAAUUGAAUUGGAUCGACAAGAAUUGACCUACAAAGAACUGCUUAGGGUGAGCUGCUGUGAAUUGGGUGUUAACCCCGAACAUGUGGAGAAAAUCAGGAAGCUUCCAAACACAGUGUUAAGAAAGGACAAAGACGUCUCGAGGCUUCAAGAUUUCCAAGAACUGGAGCUUGUUCUAAUGAUGAGUGAUAAUGACUUUAUGUUUAAAAAUGCAGCACCAGCACUGACCGAAAGGCCUUGUUAUAACAAGAAAGCAUCAAAACUAACUUACUGAAUAUUGAAUUAAAAGUUUCAUUCUAGUAUUUAACUAUUAAACCUAGAACGCUCUAAGGGCUAUAACCAUUAACUUCUACUGUACCGUGGAAAGUAUAAUUAAACAGACUGAGCAUAUAUCUUUGAAAACAAGCUGAAACAGUUGGACUUGUUUUUAAUUUAAUAUGCUAAAGGUGAAGAUAUCAUACUUGCAUUUCAUAAACUGACAGGUGGAAUACCCUAACCUAUGAAUGAUCUUUCUUAAAAGGAAAUUGUUUCUUCUUGGAGUACAACAAAAUAAAAGUUCUCAGGGAAAUAAAUUAAUUGUCCUAAUAAUUGCUACUAGUAAAAAGGAGGCAUUGAAAGACUGAAUAUGUAACGCAUUUAAUGCUGAUAACAGGAUAUUUCAAAUGCAGUUAGUUGUCUAAGUAGAUCUGAAUGUGCAACUUGAGAAAACGUGAGACAAUUUUACAGGAAGGAGAAAGGAGAGAUGUAGACUUUUGGACAAUAGCCUAUUAAAUCGAGAAUUACUUUUACAGUAAUCACACUAAUGCAUAUUUACAUAUUGUUGGCAGCAGCACCUUGCAAAUAUAUAAGUGAGGUGUGCCUUGCCAUUGCUGAUGGCAAGAGGAGCAGCUAAUUUUGUGAUCCCAGAGAAAGACCUAUUUUGCUACCUUUUCCUGCUUGGGGCAAAGCAUCGAAGAGCUUCUGUAAGAGACAGAGGCUGUACAAUUUAGAAAUUAAGGAAGCGGUUCCUUCCACUUGUUGAUAUAACAGUGGUAUAAGGGAUGCUGCCAAUGUUCUUAGGAAAAUCUGUAUUUCAGAAAGAAGCACAUUGACUGGUUAAAAAAUCUAGCCAAGUAAGUUAAAUCAGCUGUGAUUUCUUCGAAAUGGUGCUCAGAUAAAAUACUAGAAAAUAUACUUUACUGUAUUAAUCCAGACUUUAAGGGUAGUGUUAACCAAAACUCUGUGUAUGUGAGUGUAACCAAGAACUGCUUAGCAGUAAACAAUGCAGAAUGUUUGGUACUGAUUUUCCUUCUUUGCUUUUCUUUUGUCUAUUUAACCUUGAGAAUUUUCCUGAGGAACAAUCAGGAUGUCUACUUGGUAGCCUGGUUCCAAGGUGACAUUAGCACAAGUUCUUCUGCCUCUAAUUUUUAUCCUAUUUAUCCUCAGGUUCUUUAAAACUGUUACUUAUUUAAAGGAAAGCUUGUAGCAUCUUAGAUAGGAGAAAUAUUUUAAUAUCGAGAUAAAUAAUACAUCUUGGAAUUUCUAUGCAUUUUUGACAGUCUUGCUUGCAUUUCAUAUACGCAUGUGUAAACUUUUCAUCAUCCUGCUAGUUCAAGUUGUGUAAUAAUAUUUUGAUGCCAAAUUCCAGGGGGGUGGGUGGGUGGAACAGUAUGAAAAAGCAUGGGAGGCAGUAUUACAAUUAAGAAUUAAUUAUUAACCUAGUUUUAGGAUUCUGUAUAGCUAGUGGAUUGAUAUCAAUUCAUUUAUUUGUAGUCCAACGAAUACAUGCUAUAAUAUAGAUGGAUUAUACAGCUACCUGGGCAGUUAGGAUUUAACAGGUGUAUUGAGUUGCUAAUUUCAGUUGCCAGAUGUCAGAGUUCCUUGUCUACAGAUUCAGGAGUGUGUGCACAAGUGCUGUGAACUUAAAUUUAAGCCAUUGGUGUCUGGAAAAAAAAAGAUUGAUCCAGAACAUAAGGAAUUAAGAUAGACUGAAAGAAGUAACCUGUAUAACAUUUUUUAGAAUACCCAGUGAAAAAAACAACAAAUGUCAGAAUUGCCAAUCCAAGUCCUGAGUUGUGAUUAUAUUUGCCAGGUUUUAAAUAAUGAAUUUGGAAAACUAAUUCAAUCCAUGUCUUCGUAGUAGGAAGAGUUACACUGUAUGCUCUGCAGGAUUAAAUUCGGUUUUCUCCUUGUGCUGAGUUUUCCAGUUUCUAUCCUCUCCAUUCUACCUUAAAAAAGGAGUGGGAAGGAAGAGUGCCUUGGAGGGGAGAAAGUAGAGAUUCUUAGAUCUUGUCUAUCCCUCCCCCCUCCCAUUGAUUUUGGGGAAGUAGAGCCAGAAAGAACUUUGAGAAUCUAGGUUUUUUUACAUUACAUGGCAAGCUGGCUGGUGUAACCCUCUGUUCUGUGGUCAUUGCUUUUGUUUACCUCUGCCUGAAUUUAACCUGAUGGUAAAACUGAUUGAAUAUAUUUUAUAGAAUCAGUUCUUUGAACCUACAGUGUCAAAAUGUGCGCUGUGUCACUUUUUCCCCUUUGGAUCCUAUAAGGAACAGUCUACAAUGUUUUCCAAACAGUUCAUUUAUAUAUGGGUGCUCCAUCACUGGAGGCUUUCAAAAUUAGACUGGACAGCCAUUUGACCAGGAUGGUAUAAGGCAAUGAUGGCGAACCUUUUCAGCACCAAGUGCCAAAAAGGGAGCAUGCGCAAUGCUUGCAUGUUUCACAAGCAUGCUCAGUUGGCCCACAACCCGGAAGAGGAGCUGCCCAGGGCGCAUGCAUAACCCUGAAAAUAAACUUCUGGUUUCCAACAUACGCAUGCACGCUGGCCAGCUAGUCCUCCAGUUACUGGCACGCAUACGCGCAUGACAAUCAGCUGGCCAAUGUGCAUGCUCAUGCAUGAAAAUGGAAGACCAGCUCUUCCAGUUUCUGGUACUGCUGCACGUACAAAGGCCAGCUAAUAGUUGUGUGCACGCCAGAAACCCAGAAGAGGAACAGGUGAUGCCACACGUGCCCAAU